GAUGCUUGUAAUUGUGGCGGACCGUGUGCACCAUGGAGCCGGAAGUUUUAGGGUUUUCGGUUCCUACCGAAAGCAAUAAAACUCUUUUUGUGUGGAAUAUAACGGCCGAGCUUCUGGAAGGCGAUAUUUAUCGUUCUCUACUAAAUGUGUUCACUCCGUUUGGGGUCCUGUACUCCCUUAAACUUCUCCCGAAUGCUGGCGGUAGUGAACCCGGUUACUACGCGGUGAUUAAAUACUUCUCCUCCCGAAGUGCCAGCAGGGCACAAGAAGCUUGCGACAGGAAGACCCUCUUCCAAGAUGCGCCUCUCAAGGUGCGAGUCUGUAACAAUCAGAAAGGAUUUCAGUACAAAUCUCUGGCAUUAAACAGUAACAAGUGCCAGGAUCUUGCCAAUUAUUACCUGGGAUUUAACGGCUGGUGCAAGAGAAUAAUAGCCCUCCACAAUAUCUCUGGCUUGGACGAGCUGGAGGAUGAGGGUGCUGAGCAGGAACCGAAGAAGUUAAAGUACCUGUGCGUUUUGGAAGUGACGCUCCCAACACAUGACAUCUGCAGCAGGGGAGUGGGAGUUGCAGAAGAGGAAUUGGAGAAACAAAAUGACCCGAUGGAGUUUCUCAUGAAAAGUGGAAAACUGCAAAAGUAUGCCGUCCAGAAGGCGAUGUCAGAUGCAUUUCAGAAAAUCCUGCUAGUGGUUUUCGACAAUGGAAAGGUUGCCGUGGAAUAUGUACCUUCCAACGAUGGUGCUGUAGACUGCCUGUCAGAAGAGGAGCUGCAGGGCUUGAUCCAGGUAAACGACUUCUCUUGGACCGAAACAAAUCUCGAUGGAGAGGAGGAAGACCUGGCUGACCUCACUUUCUACGAGAACACUAUGAGUGAUGUCAUGUAAAAUGGAUAAAGGACAUUAUAAUUGUCCUCUUACAGGACGUUGCUAGAUAUCCCAAGAAAA